ACUGGGAGUAGUUCAGUUGGUUUGAGCAUAAUGCGACUGCAGGGUACAGCGUCAAUUCCAUCGACAUCAUCACUUUUGAUCGGCCGCGGCGUUUCGACUUCAGCUGAGUAUCUUUUCCGGCUCCGACCUUCGUAUACAUCACAACUUCAUUGACCUCGCAACUCCACCGGAUCGUUUCAGCCUCUCUAUCGGUGACUGGUAGACUUCCCAGGCACCUCGCCUGCCCAACGAGGAUACUCCAAUAAUCGCCUGCUUCUGUCGCAACUCUUCAGGCACGCGACAACCUUGUCGCCAUUCCGCACAGCAUGUCCGUUCCCGGCAACCUAAGCUCAGCACCGCCACCAUCUUCAUUCGACGAGAACAGUGAUUUCUAUGAAGAGUCAAGAUGGGCUAAAUUGAAGCGAAAGCUAUUCGAGGAGCCGUUAAUCCCACUGGGUUGCGCAUUGACAUGUUGGGCACUAUAUGAAGCAACCAAGUCAAUGAAAUCAGGCGACAAGUACAAGACGAAUCGCAUGUUCCGUCGCCGUAUCUACGCACAAGGAUUCACCAUUCUGGCAAUGGUGGCAGGUUCAGCGUAUUGGGAAGGCGAUCGCAUCAAGCGAAAGCAAUUUGACGGCAUCGUCGAGGAGAAGAAAAAGAAGGAGCAGCACGAGGCAUGGUUGAAGGAGUUGGAGAUUCGAGAGGAGGAAGAGCAAGAGCUUCGGGCAGUGCGCAAGAAGCUCAUGGAGGGUCGACGAGUGGACAAACAGAAGGUCGCCGAGGAGGAGAGACGGACAGCAGAAGCGGCGUCGGAGAGUGAGUCAAGAUUGGGAGACCUGGGCCCUGCUUCAUCCGAAGGGGACCAAAAGAAGUCGGGAUCGAUCAUUUCUGCGGUCAAAGACAUUUGGCCCGGCAAGAAAUGAUGUAUAACAACAUGAUAUGACAGCAAUACAAGGUUUGCGCUCCUCCAUCUCGCGCUUUCAUUCUCACGCUUUCCGAUACGUUCGAUGCAUUAUCAAAUAUUUUGCCUCUCACAACGCCGACGACGCGGUUUUGGCAAUGAGCCCAGCUUUCGGGACAGCAAAGUAAGUAUAGCUGUGCUUAUGGAGACAUUCGAAACUCAGUUGGUCUUCUUUGUAUAAGUUCCGCGCAACUUAUACAACUUGAACAUGCGAGUCACAACGUAGU